GGAAACAUAACCAAACAUCCCCAAACUCAUUCACCAAUCAUGGUUCUAGAGAGAGAAAUGAACGAGGACGACGAAGAAGCCAUGCUGAAAAACCAAGCAGAAGAGGAAGAGGAAGAGGAAGAAGACAGUAGCAGUACUAGUAGUACUAGUAAGGGUACGCCGCCGUCGCCGUGGUGCCGGAAAAUGAUGGUGGAUGACGUGGCGAGGAGGCUGAAUCACGGAGAUCUGAGAGCCAAAAUCGAGGCGGCGAGGGAUAUCAGGAGGCUGGUCAGGAAGUCCUCCAACCCCAAUUCCAAGUCCGCCGUGCGCUGCCACUUCGCCGCCGCCGGAGUUAUUGAACCGCUCGUUUCGAUGCUCCACAGUCCCUUCCCUCUCGCAGCUCGCGAGACUGCUCUCCUCGCGCUCCUCAAUCUAGCUGCUCGCAAUCAGAGAAACAAGAUCAGAAUAGUCACAGCUGGUUCAAUUCCACCUCUAAUGGAGCUACUCAAACACCAAAACAGCCAUCUUCGAGAAUUAGCAGCCGCCGCAAUUCUGUCACUGUCAUCAGCCGAAUCCAAUAAAUCAACCCUAGCUUCUUCAUGUGCACCGAAUCUGCUGUCACAGGUCCUCUGCUCCGGCAGUGUUCAAGCAAGAGUCGAUGCAGUCACAUCCCUGUACAAUCUCUCCACAUCCGAACACGAACCAAAGCUUGUACUCGAUGCUAAAGCAGUAGUACCUCCUCUAAUCAGCCUCCUAAAAGAAUGCAAGAAGUACUCCAAAUUUGCCGAGAAAACCACUUUCCUACUCGAGAUCCUCUCCGGUUCCGAACAAGGCAGGGGUGCAAUUACGAAUGUGGAUGGCGGGAUUUUGGCUCUAGUCGAAACUGUAGAGGAUGGAUCUUCGAUAAGCAUGUUCCAUGCAGUUGGUGCUUUGCUUUCGUUAUGCCAAAGCUCUCGUGAUAAAUACAGGGAACUUAUUCUCAGAGAAGGUGCUAUACCGGGGCUUUUACGUUUAACUGCAGAGGGUACUUCUUCGGCUCGUGAUAAAGCUCGAACGCUCUUAGAUUUGCUUAGGGACUCCCCUAAAGAAAAGGUAUUGACUUCUUCGGAAUUGGAGAGAAUUGUUUAUGACUUUGCUGCACAAAUUGAUGGGACAGAUAAGGCUGUGGAAACUGCAAAGAGAUUAUUACAAGACAUGGUUCAAAAGAGUGUGGAGCUUAAUACAAGCCGUGCGAAGAAUAGAGCUUCACCUCGUACUGCAACAAUAGUUUAGUCCACGUGAAAAAACUCGGAAUGUUUUCGAGAGGGGCGCAGUACAGAGUUCUUCAAAACGUGAGUUGACCUUUCUCACAACUGUACAUUGUUUUUUAACCUUGAGAAGUGAAUUUUGGUUACUUGUAUAUUUUUCGUUUGGUGUCAUAGUAAUUUUAGAAUUAGACUGUGAUUAGUUUUAUUACACUAGUAGUGGAUCAUGCAAGUCGGAAAGAAAUGUCGUGUUCUUGAUAUUGCUGACAAAUUUUGCAUUGGAAUUUUUUUUGUCUCGUUUA